UCCGUUGCGGGUAGUCGCUUGGUUUUCUGAAUAUCACGAAUUAAUUAUUACUUGUGCGUGUGUUUAAGUGUUACUUACAUAUUCUCUUAUUUUUAUCAUUUUGGACACGUUUUAAUAAUUUUUAUUUCGAAUUUACGUUUAUUUUUCUAAAUCUAUUUGUGCUGUGUGUGAAUUAUAAUUCCACACAUUUCGACUAAAAGUGCUUGAACAGAUCAAUCUAUAUCUUACCGAAAAUAUGAUCUCCGCUUGUAAACUGUCUGGGCGCGCCACCACCGCUCGGGAGAUGGACGCUGCGUUGGCACUUCUCCAGCUGCACGACCAAGCCCCACACAGGGCUCAAGAAUUGCCGCUAAUUGAGAACGGUAUGGACAUGGAUGACACAGCCACGGUAGCAUUGUAUUUGCUAAGAAUGUUCGAGCCAGCCAACGUCGAAAGCACCGCUGCCGUGAGCCAGCCCGGUCCUGUCGCGAGUUCCACACCGAAAGUUAAGAAGACAAUUUUAAAAAACAGAAACGUGAACUGUGUGGCUAACGAUAAUCUGGUACCAAUAGGAUUGGGACAUGCCAAAGUUCCAUCCCAAUUACUGAACAGCAUUCGUUGGACUCCAAAAACAUAUACGAGCGCCACACGAAAGCUAUUGAUGGCAGUGUUUCCACGAAGCGUGCUGGCAACCCAUUCUUUGACGGGUAAGGCUUCUCCAGCCUUCCAGUACAAGCCAGCUAAGGAGAAACUAAAUGCACAGCUUGUGGAUGACAUUGUGCAUACCGUGGUGUCGAAAUGUGGCGUUGCGGCAAAUCUUGUGCGCACUAGCAUCACAACAAAAUGUGCAGAUGAGAGCAAAAUGCUUCGCUCUCGUCUAAAGAAGCAGACUAACAGUCGAAAAAAUCUCGAGAAUAGGGCACCGCGAUCUACGUCAGAAUCUAAUUAAACUGGAGUCCGCAACUGAAGAACGUCGUCGCGCCGCGGAAAUUUAAAAACCGAAAGUCAGAAAGACAAUGUUAAAAAGUAGAAACGUGAACAUUAUGGAUAAUGAUAAUCUGGUACCAAUAGGAUUGGGACAUGCAAAGGUUCCAUUUCGCUUCCUGAAGAGUAUUCGUUGGACUUCAGAAAGACACAAGAAGCCACAAGAAAGCUGUUGAUGACAGUGUUUUCAUGAAGUUAAAUAAUAGUACCUUUAAGUUUUGUUACAAGAAGAAACUAAUAAUGCCCAGUUCGUUGAAGACGUUGUGCACGCCGUGGUGUCGAAAUGUGGCGUUGCGGCAAAUCUUGCCCGUACUAUUUUCACAAACAAAACGUGCAGAUGAGAGUAAAAUGCAUCGCACACGACAAAAUAAAAAGAUCAAACGAAAAAUUCGCGAGAAUAGAGGCAUCUUCCGACGACAGAAACUGACAAAACUAUAGUGUACCUUACAUCCUGAAGAACCAAAAUUCGCGUCGCGGAAAUUUGUCCUAGGUUAAAAGUGGCGGCAGUGAAGAUCGGUUGAGGACUUGAGGUUGAGCCAGUAGGCAGAUUUCCCACACGAGCUAAUGCAUUGGUACCAACGAGAUGGGGAUAUGCCAAGGUCUCGGUUACUCAAGAGCAUCCGUUGGACUAAUGUUGGACACCAGAAACAUACACUAGCGCCACAAGAAAGCUGAUGGCAGUGUUUUCAUAAAGUUUUUAUUACAGCAUUGUAGGUUUAGAUAAAGUUCUAAAAAUAAUUUGAAGCGUUGUUGCAACAUAUUCAUUGACGGGAAAGCCUGCUCCAGCGUUCCCGUCCAGGAGAGCUAAGAAGAAGCUAAAUGCCCGGUUUGUUGAAGACAUUGUGCUCACCGUGGUAUCGAAAUGUUGCGUUGCGGCAAAUCGGUUAAAAUGUUAUUUAUUUGGAACCGGCAAAUGAAGACCUAUGACUAUGAGAGAUAGGUACUCUGGGUUUUACACUACUCAAGUACCAAACAUGCUCAGUACGAUAUGGAAGUGGAUGACACAGCCGCACGACAUGACGUAUAUUUUUCCAAUAGAAACCGGAAGUCAGAAAGUCAGUUUUAAAAAGCAGAAACUUAAACACUAUCUAUAAUGAUAAUAUGCUAAGAUGUUAUAGGUUGGUUCCGCUGGCGGGAGUGAAGACCAGUGAGGACUUGAGGUUGAGGCAGCAGGCUGAUUUCCCAUACGAGCUAAUUAAUGCAUUGUUAAGUACCUAGCUAAAUAUUCUUUAGAUCUUGUACUAAGUAUUUUUAAUAUCUGUAUAGUAGUAAUUAUAAUAAAAAACAAAAGUUCAAAUGUAAUUAGGCAGUAGGUCUGCCUAAUUACAUUUGAACUUUUGUUUAUUUUUUUUUUAAAUUGAUUUUAAAUUCCUAGAUAUAAAUCUAGUUAAGGCUACCACUAAUUCUGCAACAGAAGAUGCUAAUCAGAAUGAAAAAGUAUAUUUUCUAUAUAGUUUAACUGAACUAGUAUGACUCUUCUUCAGGUGUUCCAGAUCUUAGAUUUUUAUACAUCAACAGAAAAUGCUCAUCAGACUGACCAACUUUUGUUAAGGCGCUUUUGUCAUAUCUGUUAUAGUGUAGCUGGUGGCUGUUGGAGUUCAUCAUCAGGUGUUCCAUAUCCUCGAUUUUUAUACGUCAUCAGAAAAUGCUCAUCAGACUGACCAACUUUUGUUAAGGCGCUUUUGUCAUAUCUGUUAUAGUAUAGUUGGUGGCUGUUGGAGUUCAUCAUCAGGUGUACGUCAUCAGAAAAUGCUCAUCAGGGCGAACAAUUUUUGUUAAGAUAAGAUCGAGUUUAUUGUGCAUUCGUUUCGAAGCGAACAACCAGAAAGAAAACUGUCCUUGAAAAAUUAACUUAGGGAAAAGUGCCUGUUAUUAAAAUCAAAUGAAUAAAUGCUUUUUAAUGUAUUUUUUUAAAUUCAAUGCAAUAUAUAUAUUAACCCUGUUUUCUAUAUAUUUUCCUUUCAUCAGCACUUGAUCACAAUCAUAAUAUGUUUCAGUAUACCUUUUAACCAUGUACUUUAUUGUGUAGGUACUUACAUGUUAUAUUACUGAUAAAAAAUUAUACAUAAAUUUAUAUUUAAAAAAUGGCAAGCCCUUCUGGCAUAAUAGGGACCAACACUGUUUGAAUGAGUUUCUUUCGGCAUUUCUUCUCAGCAGUGGUCGUUCCGAAAUGCUAGUAGUUUGUAGCUUUGGUAAACAUCAUUUAAUUUAGAAUAUGACGUGAAAAAAUGCCUGUGAAGGCC